AUGAUAGCCCUGGACCCCGCCAAAGUGGACAAGCCCUCCAUGUACGCGUUCUUCAUGUCUGCUGUCGUGCCACGCCCAGUCGCGUUUGUUUCCUCCGUGGGCAGCACCACUGGCGUCAACCUGUCCCCCUACAGCUACUUCAACAUCAUGGGCCACAACCCCCCGACGCUGACAAUAGGCAUGUGCCGCAGCACGUCGCGCGGGGGCGGCAAGAAGGACUCGCAGCUGAACAUUGAGGAGACCGGGGAGUUUGUGGUCAACAUAAUAUCAGAGUGGUGCAUCGAGGCUGCCCACCACUCAUGCGGCGAGUUUGACCGCGGCGUGAACGAGAUGGAGCUGGCGGGGCUCACCCCCGUGGACUCGACCAUCGUCAGGGCUCCCAGGGUGGGCGAGGCUGCUGUGGCGCUCGAGUGCAAGCUGCGGGGGACGCACGACGUGGACGACAGCUCAGGCAAGCCCAGCGGCACCAUCAUGAUUGCAGAAGUGGUCAUGAUCCACGUGGCCGAGGCCGUCACCGGCCGCACCCCCACCGGAAAGCUCAUCGUGGACCCCGUUCUGCUGGCGCCAGUGUCCCGCCUGGGCGGGCUGACGUAUGGCAAGACCCUCGAGCUCUACGACCUUGGAAAGCCCGACAAGAACGGGGUAUACAAGUCAAAGAAGUAA